AAGGAGGACCCGACAUUACCUCCGAUGCCACUAGUACAUUAUGACACCGACAUUAUAUACAAGGAGAUAAAUCCUUAUUCUAAAAUCCCCGCCCUUUCUACCUAGGUUUUCAGUACUCUAGCUCGCUUUCCAUCUGCAGAAACUCCACAAACACUCCCCUGUAUCUAUCCAUCGAACCACACCAAUGGCUGAGAAGGUACAGUACGCAUCAGUAGAUGGCGAAUCGAACAAGCGCAAGUACGAUGACCCCUCACCCGUCGAGCGUAGGCCGACUGGGUUCUCGUCGCCGCCGGAGUCGAAUGCGCCGUCUUCGUACAAUAGCGGCCCGCCUCCUGUAAAUGAGAUCGAGCUAGCAAAGCUGAAGGCCCAAGAGAUCGCUGCCAGGUUUCUCAACAACGUUGAUCCCACGAAAAGAGCUAGAGUGGAGAAUGGAGCUGGAGGCGGCGGAGGCUUCGACUCCAAUGACUCCAGUAAGGAUUCUGUUCUAGGUCAGAAAUCCAUGGGUUUGGCUUUUAGUGGUCCACCACAAGGUGCUUCUUAUGGUUACCCAGCUCCGAACAAGAAGAUUGAGAUACCAAAUGGCAGGGUCGGUGUGAUAAUUGGCAAAGGUGGCGAGACCAUUAAAUACCUUCAGCUUCAGUCCGGGGCAAAGAUUCAGGUCACUAGAGAUAUGGAUGCAGACCCUAAUUCUGCUAGUAGAGGGGUUGAGCUCAUGGGUACUCCUGAGCAAGUAGCCAAGGCUGAGCAGUUGAUUAAAGAUGUUCUUGCUGAGGCUGAUGCAGGUGGUUCUGGUGUAGCUUCUUUGCAAUCAACUGGGCUACCAUCUGGAGCUGAACAGUUGGUAAUGAAGAUCCCCAACAAUAAGGUGGGUCUUGUUAUUGGUAAAGGAGGUGAAGCCAUUAAAGACAUGCAAGCGAGGUCUGGGGCUCGUAUUCAGGUCAUACCUCUGCACUUGCCACCUGGUGACACAUCAAAAGAAAGGACUGUACAAAUUGAUGGCACUAGAGAACAAAUUGAAGCUGCAAAACUAUUGGUCAAUGAAGUCACCAGUGAGAAUCGUAGUCGAAAUCCAGCAAUGACUGGAGGAUAUCCUCAGCAAGGUUACCAAACUCGACCUCCAAUGAACUGGGCACAGCCUGGACCACCAAUGCAGCAACCUGGAUAUGGUUAUGCUCAGCCUGGUGAUUACCCUGGUCCAUCACCGCAAUACAACACGAACCAAUCACCUUACCCUGGUUAUCCUCCUCAACCACCCUCUGGUGGGUAUUCCAUUGGCUGGGACCAGACAACUGCUCCGGAGAAUCAGCAGGCUGCUCAGGGUGGUGGCUAUGAUUACUAUAGCCAGCAGCAGCCUCCACAGCCGCCAACUAAUGGAGGACCUGGUGCUCCAGCUGAUGGUUCUGCUUAUGGUUAUCAUCAACCACCGCCCUACAGUCAAGGACAAGGUUAUCCCCAAGAUAGCUAUGGUGGAUAUAACAUGCCAGCUCCUCAAUCUGGUUAUGGUCAGUCCCAACCAAAUCCAGUUCCCGGCUAUGAUCAACAAGGUUAUAACUCUACCUAUGGUAACACCUCUAACCCGGCCCCUGAUGGGCAGACAGCUGCAUACGGAACCCUAGGUGAUGCCAGUCAAGUGCCUGCAACCGGUCAGGCACACAAUGCUGGUGGUCAGCCUGGCCCUAAUCCCAAUUCUGCUAUUCAAGGAUCAACCCAGCCCAGUUAUGGGGUGCCACCGACUUCGCAAGUUGGUUAUGCUACGCAACAUUCAGCUGGUUAUGGCCCGAUUCACGGACCGCCCAAUGCUCAAAAACCUCCAACCAGCCAGCCAACUUAUGGGCAGCUGCAGCAGUUGCCUAGCGCUCAAGGAGGCUAUGUUCAACCUGGAUAUCCUCAUUCUCAGCCUCCAACAAGCAGUUAUCCAACAUCGCAGCCAGGGUAUGGUCCACCACCUUAUGGAGCACCACCUCAGCCGCCAGCCUAUAACAGUUAUGGUGGUGGAUAUUCCCAACCGCCAGCGUACUCUUCUGAUGGCAACUCUGGUGCCAGUGCCCAUGGGAGUUAUGAUGCAACUCCACCUUCUAAAACUGUGCUGCCUAGUGGGGCUGCGCAAGCCUCGCCAUCCAGUUGAGUUAUCUUUGUAUUUCUGCCUUGCUCUUGCAAGUGCUGGUGCAUGUUUUAGGUCUAAUUUAGGUUGUAUCAGGUGUCAUUUUGGUUUUGCUGUCUUGUUGACUAUGGAUCUAUGCUUUAUUUCUUCCAACAAUCCUUAUGCAUUGUUCUAUUAAGAGAAUUGCUCCAUGUUUUGUUUAAA